CUAUUAUUCGGUUGGCAACACUUUCGUUUUUUGCUACUUACUAUCUAGUUGGAAAUCGUAUAUAUUUUUGAUAGUGUUUUUGGUUACAACAAGGGAAACAAUGAGUUCCCAAACAGUUAGGAAUCCUGUAUCGCAAAUUAUCCAUAGCAAAGAAACUGUGGAAGAUGAAGAGCCCAAAAAAAAAUCACGCGAAGAUUGGCGAAAAGCCAAAGAAUUGGAAGAAGCUCGAAAAGCAGGUACUGCACCAGCAGCCGUCGAUGAAGAGGGUCGUGAUAUAAAUCCUCAUAUUCCACAAUAUAUAUCGAAUGCUCCAUGGUACUAUGGAGCUCAAGGACCAACGCUCAAACAUCAAAGGCCUCAACGGGAUGAAGAUAGAGGUGAAUUAGAAAGAAAAGCUCCUCGGGGUGUAGACACAUCUCGCUUGGUUACCAAAUUUCGCAAAGGAGCCUGCGAAAAUUGUGGUGCCAUGACACAUAAGCGUAAAGAUUGUCUGGAAAGGCCGCGUAAGGUUAUAGCCAAAUUUGCCGAGUCAAUUGUGGUUCAUGAUGAGUUCAUAGCCAAAGAUGUUUCGGUGAAUUACGAUGAGAAACGUGAUCGUUGGAGUUCAUAUGAUCCAGCAAAUCAUAGAGAAAUUAUAGAAGAAUAUGAAAAGGUUGAGGAGACCAAACGUCAACUAAAAGCGGAAAAACUAAAAAAUGAUCCCGAUGCUGAAAUUUCUGAUGACGAUAACAAUGAGGACAAAUAUGUGGAUGAAGUAGAUAUGCCGGGUACAAAAGUAGAUUCUAAGCAGCGUAUUACCGUUCGCAACUUACGUAUAAGAGAAGACACUGCAAAGUAUUUGAGAAAUUUAGAUCCGAAUAGCGCAUACUAUGAUCCGAAAACAAGAUCUAUGCGCGAUAAUCCAAAUCCAAAAGUACCAUCAGAAGAAGCUGAGUUCGCUGGCGAAAAUUUUGUUCGAUUUUCUGGCGACACUACAAAACACGCUACCGCUCAACUGUUUGCCUGGGAAGCUCAUGGCAAGGGUGUGGAUGUUCAUUUAUUGGCAGAACCCACAAAAUUGGAACUACUACAAAAGGAAUAUGACAAAAAGAAAGAGCAAUUCAAGUCAAGUACUAAGGACCACAUAGUAGAUAAAUAUGGGGGAGAUGAACACUUGCAAGCUCCUCCUAAAUCUUUACUCUUGGCUCAAACUGAAGAAUACAUAGAGUAUUCGAGAAGUGGAAAAGUUAUAAAAGGCAUGGAAAAGCCUAAAGCCCGCAGCAUAUAUGAGGAAGAUGUUUACAUAAAUAAUCAUACAACUGUUUGGGGAAGUUAUUACAAUGGUGGUCGAUGGGGUUACAGAUGCUGCAAGUCUUUUAUAAAAAAUUCCUAUUGUGUCGGCAUGAAAGAGCCAGAGGCCCUGCAAGAAGCUUCAAUAGCUAAACCUCUUACCACAUCAUCAGCAACCUCCGAAAAACAUGAAGAUGAAUUAAACAAUGACACUAGUUUAAAAGAGUCUCAAAAAGAUGCCAAGACAGAAGAAUCUUCAUCUUCAAGCUCAAGUUCUUCAUCUGAAGAUGAAGCGGAGUUACAAAAAGCUGCCAUUGAAAACAAAAAACUUAAAAAGAAACAGAAGAAACGGGAAAAGAAACGGGCAAAGAAGCUUAAAAAAUUGGAAAAGAAAUUGGCGAAAUCCAGAAAGCGCACUGAAAACGAAGGGAAAGAAAAACAAUCCGCCCCAGAAAUAUUGGACGAUAGAAAAAGGCCCUACAACAGCAUGUAUGAUAUUAAAGCACCCACCGAAGAAGAUAUUGAGGAAUGGCAACGGAAGCGAACUAGGGAGGAAGAUCCUAUGCUACAGUUUAUGAAUAAUUAAAAGCUUUAUAGAAAAUAUACAUAUGUUUAAAUAAAGCGUAGAAUUGUACCUAGUUUA